UUGCACCUUAAAUGUGCACGAAAAUGACCCCGAAUGAAGUCUCGCCAUCUAACCCGAGCAACCUCGUUGUCACGGCAGGUUUCGAUGCCCCGUUCGGAGGCCGGUUGAGAAUGACCCUUCCGCUCGGCCGCACAGGAAUGGCCUCCACCGGGAACCUCUCCGAAGAGCAGGUGCACUGCUCCAUCUGUCUGGACGUCUUCACCAACCCCGUCUCCAUCCCAUGCGGACACAACUUCUGCCAGGGCUGCAUCCUGGGCUACUGGAGGACCAGCCCCUUGUACCAGUGCCCCAUGUGCAAGAAGACCUUCCACAAGAGGCCCGACAUCAGCAUCAACACGGUGCUGAGGGAGAUCGCCGAGCAGUUCAAGGAGAUCAGGGUCAGGAGCGCCGAGGACCAGGAGCGCGAGCAGGCGGAGGACGAGAGGGAGAAGAAGGCAACGAUGGGAAGAAGGAAGAAGGAGGACGAGGAGAGGCUUUUGGAGAAGGAUCAGAAGCAGCGGCUCGUGGAGGAGCUGAUGCAGAAGCAGCAGCAGGAGGAGGAGGAGAGGAGAAGCAGAGAGAAAAGGUCCCUCCUGGACACCUCUCCUCCUCCACCCGAGGCCACAGCCAAGGGUUCCCCCCCGCCGCCCCAAACAUCGCCCCCAUCUUCACCUCAGAUCCCGGCUUCCUCGCCUCCUCAAACCUCACCCCCUCCCUGGGAGGAGGUCCUCUGCGACGUUUGCCUGGGGGAAGGCAGGCCCAAGGCGGUCAAGUCCUGCCUGGUGUGCCUCACCUCCUACUGCGAGGAGCACCUGCAGUCUCACGUGGCCAGGUUCACCAUGCACAAGCUGAUAGAGCCCGUGGCCAACAUGGAGGACAGGAUGUGUCCCAAGCACCAGCGGCUCCUGGAGCUCUUCUGCAAGAGGGACCAGACCUGCGUGUGCGUGCUCUGCACGGAGACGGACCACCGGGCGCACUACACCGUCCCCGUGGAGAGAGAGUGGACGGAGAAAAAGGCACAGCUGAAGAAGACGGAAGUAGACGUCCAGCAGAUGAUCCGGGACAGAGUGAAAAAGGUGGAGGAGAUCAAAAGCUCUUUGGAGCAAAACAAGGCCAGCGCCCAGAGAGAGGUGGAGGAAAGCGCGCAGGUGGUGUCGGAGCUGGUGCGCUCCCUCCAGAAGACGCAGGCCGAGCUGGCCUCGGCCAUUGAGGAGAAGCAGCGGCAGACUGAGAGCUGGGCCCAGGGCCUUGUCGCCAAGCUGGAGGCGGAGAUCGGCGAGCUGAGGGGGAGGAGCGCCGACCUGGAGAGCGUUGCUCGGAGCGACCACAUUCACUUCUUGAAGAGCUUCCCGGCCCUCAGCACCCUUCCUUCCGUCAAAGACUGGUCCGAGACCAGCGUCCCCACGGACGUGUGUGUGGGGAUGAUCAGGAGGUCCGUGGCCAGACUGGAGGACGCGCUGCACGAAGCCAUCGCCAAAUUGGCGGAAAGUGAGAUCAAGAAGAUUCUGAAAUAUACAGCGGACGUCACGCUGGACGCCGACUCGGCCAACCCCUGGCUGCAGCUCUCUCAGGACAGGCGGCAGGUGAGACACCUGGGCGCCUGGCAGGACCUCCCGGACCACCCCGAGCGCUUCGACACGGUGGUCAUCGUCCUGGGCCGCGAGGGCUUCUCCUCGGGGAGGCACUACUGGGAGGUCCAGGUGGGGGACAAGGACGACUGGUACAUGGGCGUGGCCAGAUCCUCCGUCAACAGGAAGGGCCGCAUCUCCAUCAGCACCACGCACGGCUACUGGGCCCUGGCCAUGAAGAAGGGCCACGGGUACCGGGCGUCCACGUGUCCGCCGGAGCCCCUCCCCCUGCAGGCCAGGCCCAGGCGAGUGGGCGUGUACGUGGACUACGAGGAGGGCCAGGUGUCCUUCUACGACGUGAAGGCCCGGGCCCACAUUUACACAUUCAAAGACGAGUUCAGGGAGAAGAUCUUGCCCUUCUUCUACCUGUACUGCUGCGACAAGGCGUCCGACACCAUCGCCAUUUGUCCCGUGAACGAGAAGAGCCCGAUCAAGCAGAGCUAGGGACGCGUUUGACCAGAGUCACCAGAGGAAGAAAAGCUUUUAUGUGUAUUCAUCACAUGUGUAGUAAUGGUGCAGUUCGUGCAUUCAGAUCAGCCCAUGGAAGCCAUGAAGGGAUAGUUCAACGUUAUGCUAAACAUGAAGCCAGAACUAGCAGGACGUAAGCAUUGAUGUUGUGCUGUUAUGCUCAAGGAUUUUUUGUUUUUGUUGGAAUGGAUUAACAACAAAAAAAAGAUAAAAUGUGUUAAUUAGACGAAUUAACCACCGGCUAGCCAGUGUUAUGCUAAGCUAAUCAUAAUAAUAAUAAUAACAUCCGUGUUUUUUAGUGUGUCAUAAUCCAUAAACUAUUGUUCAAAAAGAAAUGGAGCCUUCUAGAUCGGUGAUGUCGUGCUUCUGUCUGGACUUUUAGUCAAGUGUGAUUAAUGCUGCGAUGGUUGAACCCUGAAGAGAAGUGUGCUCAUGGUUUACAACAAUAAACGCUCACUCCA